CUAAUAUCUCUCCCCCCGUGCCAUGCGGCUACUGCUCGGCUGCUCCCUCCUCCUCCCCUCUCCCACCUCCUCCUGCUCCAGCUGCUUCCUCUCUCUCUAUCUCUCUCCGCCUACCUAAUACUGCCCCUCUUUCUCUCUCCUCCCAUCUCGUCUCAUCUCCUGUACUAGGCUGUAGCCCGCACGAGCCGUCGCGUCGCCUGCCUCUCAGGCGCGGGGCGCUCGGCCGUCCUCCUCCUACAAGGAGGGAGGGGCGCACCGGAGGCGAGGCGGAGGCGGCGCGCUGGGCCGGGCCGGGCCGGCCGGGCGGAUGGCAUGAGCCGGCGGCGGCCCGGAUGGUCCCGGCUCGGAACCUGCAGCUCCGCCGCGACGCGCAUGCCGCGCCCUGCGCCGCCGCCGCCGCCGCCGCCGCAGCGGGGGGCAUCGGCGUGACCACGGCGCCGCCGAGCCACAUGGCCCAGGAGCCCAUCGACCACCACCACCACCACAGCGAGCCGUCCAACUCCAAACUGCCGCCGCCGCCGCAGGAGCGGCAGGCGGACCUCCACGGGGCCCGCGCCCGCGGGGACGCGCCGCCGGAGCCGCCGGCGCUGCGGCCGCUGCAGGUGCAGCACGCCCACCACCAGGAGGCCGCGGGCACCAGCGGGAGCAGCAGCGGCAACGGCGGUGCCGGGGACUGGCUCCGGCUCGGCCUCGCCCCGGCGUCCCCCGCGGGCUCGCCGCUCGGAGCCUUCGCGGCGGGGCCGCCGCCGCUGCCGCCGCAGCCGCGGACGACGGCGGCGGCGGAGGCGCUGCCGGGCGUGGGCGCGCCGCCUGGCGCCUUCCUGCGGCACGCCGCGCCCGGCAUUCCGCAGGCGUCGAUAACCCUGCCCGCGCCGCGCGCCGGGCCGCCCUGGCUGCCGCCGUGGAGCCCCGCGGCGGCGCCACCGCCGCCGCUGAUCCCGUUCGGGCACCGCGCUUUCUACACGCCCGGCGCCGGCGCCGGCGCCUCCAGCCUCGAUGCGACGAUCAGGGUCGUCCUGCCGCCGUCGGCCAUAGCCGCGGCCGCCGGCGUCUGGUUCGUGCUUCAGGCCGCACCCCACCAAGGGAGGGAACCAUUCUUGCCUCAGAUUCCGAGGAGCUACCUACGGAUCAAGGACGGGAGGGUGACAGUCCGGCUGCUGAUCAAGUACCUGGCCGCCAAGCUUGGGCUGGAGGACGAAUCAGAGGUGGAGAUCACGUGCCGAGGGCGACCGCUCCCCGCGUUCCUGACCCUGCAGCAUGUCCGGGACGGCAUCUGGUGCCAGGGCGACGCUGCCGCCUCGCCGUCGGUGGCGCCACCGGACAUGCCAGCCGCUAACCACCACCUCAUGGUUUUGCAGUACGGCAGAAGACCGUAGUAGACAGACAACAGACCACCAACCAACCCAACACCCCCACCUCCGAUGACAGAAAUGUAGAUCCUGGCAUUCUGCCCCUCCUAACCCUUUUGUCGGCACGGCUGUUGCCGGACCGGCAAUAGGCGGCAUGACGGACGACGACGAGCUCCCGACCGCCUGCGCUGGCUGGCUCGCCUGUGCGCCGCCGAUGAUCUGCUGAAGAACCACAGGAGAGGUGCGAAGCCUUUUUUCCCCGCCGCCGGUGACCGUCGGCGCGGCAGCUCAUCGGCACAGCGGAGGCCGUUUCUCUGCACACAAGUGCUGGAUAGAAUGUAACAGCUUGGAAGUUGCGCCUGACAGAGAGUCUGACGAGGCUGUGACGGCAAGAAGGGAAAUUGAGCCCACUGAGGAGUAGCGACUUCCAAGCCAUUUUGGCCUUGGUCACUUCACCCGAUCUACUAAUCUCCAGAGUUUCAGCCGUUACAUUUUGUUAAUUAAUUGUUAAUCCCUUGUGCUCGCUUCUGUUCUUUGUUGUGGAAGCAGCACAUCUUGAAAUGUUCCCGUUGCUAAAGGACCUGUCUUUCAGAGGGAAAACUUUGACAUCUCACUGAGAAUUCAUUGAUUCAUGACUUGACCCCCCAGAAGCUCCUGUUUCUUUUAGCUAUUAAAGUAUUAAUUCAGUGGAUUGUGCCACAGAGAUUCAGUUAUAGCAAGCACCUUUCAUGUCACAGAUGUGUACCAUUUGCCCUCCUUCAUAUUUAUUGGAAAAUUCAGCAAGCAGUUGCAGACUUCUGGUGGAAGUUGGAGACUUGGAGCUCCAUCA